CAAUAGCCAGUUUGCCCCUGCGGCCACUGCUAAGACAGCUCCAUCGUCCAUCCCGCAGCAUGCACAAUGCGUCGUCGCUAUCAUCGUAUCGACCGCAGCAAGCUCUGCGCCGAGCACCUGUCGCCCACCUGACGCCGCGAUGCCCGAGACGACACGCGAGCUCGUUUGUGGAAAAUGCGAAAAGCCUCGCGAAGCAGAACCCCGUGUCCGUCGCCCUGGCCGCGUUCGUCAUCCUCGCAGGAGCUGGCAGUUUGGCGUACGCCAACUACAUCUACCAGUCCUACAUCUUGGCUGCGUUCCACAAGUACCCGGAGCCUGUUGCGAAGAAGCUGCGGAGAGCGCUAUACUUUACAAAUGUAGACUUGCAGCCCAAGGAAGCUCUGAAGUACUACAAGCAGGCUCUGAAGGAGGCCGAAGAGGUUCAGAUGGAUCCGUUUUCGGAUGAAAUCAUCGGCGUCAAGGUCCAGGUCGCAAAGCUGCUCGAAGACAUCUCGCAGUGGGCAAAGGCCAUUGAGGUCUUGGAAAGGACGCGAUCGGACAAUCUAGAGUGGCUCAAACAGUUCGGUUCCCUCGAUCACAACAAGGUGCGCAGGACCAGUGUUUUGGCGAAGACAGUCGGCAUCUCCGUGAAGCUCGGUGAGCUGUAUGGCCACCCAGCCAUCUAUGACCGAGACAUCGCACAGGAAAGGCUUUUAUGGGCGGUUGAGACAGUACUCAAGGAGCAGCAGAGAAGGACGAGCGAAAAAGUCAAGGAUGAGGAGGAGGGCGAGUGGAUGGGCAACGACCAGAUUGGCGCUGCAUUGGAAGCUCUCGCCCACAGUUAUGAAGCGAAGAACCAGCACUACCUCGCUACACCCCUCUUCUUGCAAGCUCUCAGCUUGUACCCAACCAGAGACUGCCACUCAGUCGUCCUGAUGAACAACCUGGCCUCCAGUCUGGCUCAGCAAUCCCCUGCUGCAGCACGUAUAGCGCAGGCGUAUGCCACUUCACAGAGCAUUACCGAUCGACCGACCGGCCCGGCAGCUUCCAGAGAGGCCAUGGUAGAGAAUGCGAAGCAGUGGGCACAAAAGGCAUUAGAUGUGGCAGCUACAAUCCAGCCCCCAGAGAGGAACGAAGAGUGCGACAUUGGUUGUGCUGUCGCUACGCAUAAUCUGGGAGAAUUCGCUGAAAUGAAUCAGCAGAUCACCCUGGCGAAGCAGAAGUAUAAAGAGGCCAUCAGCUUGGCACGAGCGAUAGAUUUUGAAGAAGGCGUCGAAAUGAGCAGCGCACGAUUGCGAGACCUUGCAAAAGCUGGUUGAGUAGACUCCACUGCUCAGAUGUGCUAUCAGACAUCAUAUUGCAGGACAGCGUCCGCAGGUACUCCACUCUCAGCAUGAGCUGAUGCAGCACGACUUCUCCACACAUGGAUAAUUCCGUGUACAGCUUGGCUACCACAUCCCAGGCACGAAGUACAGGCGCAUGCAUCGCAAAAGGUCACUUCAGUGUUGCGGCUUUUUCUUCACACCAGCAAGCGCAAAGCUGCCCGACAGCAGUAGGAAGACGGGCAGGAUUCCGGUAUGUCGACAAUUUGACAUGGACAAAAAAGAGUCAACGUCAGAGCUGUGUAGCCGAAGUGAGCAUAAAAUACGCGCCGUGGCGUGCAGAAUGCAGGGAAAGUGCCGCUUCGCAGCAGAAGCUCACUCUGCAGUCUGCACUGUCUGCAGAGACUGCAGCGACGAAUAGCAAAGUGCAUAAACAAGUGAAUUAAGAAAAGUCAGGGUGUGAGCCUUGCAUAUGCGGGUGUCAUUGCAUGGAUGGAUGUCGAAGGAGCUUAGUAGGAGGUAGGUCCAAAGGCUAUUGGAUGUACGAGACGACACUAGAGUCUAGAACUACCUAGCUCUCUAGCGAAUGCACACUGCUUGCAGUAUCCUGGUGCGGUGCCGAGUGCUGCAGUUGCUCUCUUGCACGUGGGUCUGAGAUCCAACAAGAUGAUGUGUGUGUGUGUGUGUACUAGGUGGUAGAUGUAGCUGGUACAGUAGAUUAAUUUCCCCGAGUCCUCAGUCGGGGCGACUUGCGAAGGGUGCGGCUUGGCAGAGCAACAGAUGGACAUGGUAUCUACAGAAGAUGUACCUAUGCAAUCGACAUGAUUAUUGUGGAUGCUCGAGACACAUGAC